AUGGAGGAAAAACCGACGAAAAUUGGUAAACGGUCAUUUCUAAUCCGAGAUCUACUGGAAGUGGAGAAAGUGCAGACUACCAGUGAAGACCAUGACGAAAUUAUCAGCAGCGGUAGCUCCGAUGAGCAGAACACAGAAUCUGAUGACGAAGGCAUAAGUGUGGUUGAAUGUGACGUCAUAUCAGAUGAUGAACUGGGUAGAAACGACCAGUCAGCGCCCCUCAUGAUCCAGGAAGAAGUUAAGGACGCAUGCGUGGAACAGCCCGUUUGUCGUCUUCCACCGCCAAGAGGAACCGGUCAGAAGAAACCAAGACGACGCAGAACGGCUUUCACGCAUGCGCAACUGCAGUUUUUGGAAAGAAAGUUCAGAUGUCAGAAAUACCUGAGCGUUGCUGACAGAGCGGAAGUGGCUGAAACUCUUCAUCUGACGGAGACUCAGGUGAAGACGUGGUAUCAGAACAGAAGGACAAAAUGGAAGCGGCAGACGACAGCCGCCAUGAGGGCCGAGCAACUCAGAAAUCACCGAGGAUUUGGUCCUCAGUGGCUAAACCUUGAGAUUGACAAGUAG